GCCAGCAGACCAUUCUCCAUGAGGAGCAGUGGAAGAUGCCGGCUCUGCCAGCACUGCUGCUGUCGAUUUAUGUCGUCAACCUGCUGCUGACCACGGCACCGCUCUCCUUCAGCCAGGCCAACAUCCUCUCUGCUGUCCGGAUGGCGGCCAUUCUGGAUGAUCAGUCAGUGUGUGGUCGCGGCGAGCGUCUGGCGCUGGCUCUGGCGAGGGAGAACAUCAACAGUCUGAUGGAGGGCUCCUCCCGGGCGAGGGUGGAGGUGGACGUCUACGAGCUGCAGAAGGACUCCCAGUACGACACCACUGAAACCAUGUGUCAGAUCCUGCCGAAGGGCGUGGUCUCAGUGAUUGGCCCCGCCUCCAGCCCCGCCUCCGGGUCAACCAUCAGUCACAUCUGUGGGGAGAAAGAGAUCCCCCACGUAAAGAUCGGUCCGGAGGAAACCCCGAAGCUGCCUUACCUCCGCUUCGCCUCGGUGACGCUGUACCCGAGCAACGAGGACCUGAGCCUGGCCAUCGGGUCCAUCCUGCGCUCCUUCGGCUACCCGACGGCGAGCCUCGUCUGUGCCAAAGCGGAGUGCCUGCUGCGAUUGGAGGAACUCGUCCACCGCUUCCUCAUCUCCAGGGAGACGCUGUCGGUGCGAAUGCUGGACGACAGCCUGGACCCGACCCCACUGCUGAAGGAGAUCCGUGACGACAAGGUGGCCACCAUCAUCAUCGACGCCAACGCCUCCAUCUCCUACCACAUCCUCAGGAAGGCGAACGAGCUCGGGAUGACGUCGGCCUUCUACAAGUACAUCCUCACCACCAUGGACUUCCCUCUGCUUCAGCUGGACGACGUGGUGGAUGAUCAGUCCAACAUCGUGGGCUUCUCCAUGCUGAACAGCAGCCAUUACUUCUACCUGGAGUUCAUCAGAAGUCUCAACCUGUCAUGGAAGGAAGGCUGUGAUGUCAGCCCGUACCCUGGUCCAGCGCUGUCGUCGGCGCUGAUGUUCGACGCGGUCCACGUGGUGGUGAGCGCCGUUCGGGAGCUGAACCGCAGUCAGGAGAUCGGAGUGAAGCCGCUGAGCUGCAGCUCACCACUCAUCUGGCAGCACGGGACGAGCCUCAUGAACUACCUACGCAUGGUGGAGUACGAUGGUCUGACGGGUCACAUUGAGUUCAACAGCAAAGGCCAGAGGACCAACUACACCCUGAAGAUCCUGGAGAAACACCCCGGUGGCCAUAAAGAGAUCGGUACAUGGUACUCCAACAACACGCUGGCCAUGAACUCCACGUCCCUGGACCUCAACGCGUCAGAGACGCUGGCUAACAAGACGCUAAUCGUCACCACAAUACUGGAAAACCCGUACGUGAUGCGGAGGUCCAACUACCAGGACUACCAGGGCAACGACCGGUACGAGGGCUUCUGCGUGGACAUGCUGCGGGAGCUGGCGGACAUCUUGAAGUUCUCCUUUAAGAUCAAGCUGGUGGACGACGGGCAGUACGGAGCCCCGGAGCCCAACGGCAGCUGGACCGGCAUGGUGGGAGAGCUGAUCAACCGGGGUCGUAAACCAGGUUACUUCUCCUUCCUGGAUCCGUUCUCUCCGGCUGUCUGGCUCUUCAUGCUGUUGGCCUACCUCGCUGUCAGCUGCGUCCUCUUCCUCGCCGCCAGGCUCAGCCCUUCGUGUUGUGUACAACCCGGUGUCCACCCGUGUCUGCGGGAGCGGCGAGACGUUGGAGAACCAGUACCAGUGGGCGGCUUCAUGCAGCAGGGUUCAGAGAUCAUGCCCCGGGCCCUGUCCACCCGCUGCGUCAGCGGGGUCUGGUGGGCGUUCACCCUCAUCAUCAUCUCGUCCUACACGGCCAACCUGGCAGCGUUUCUCACCGUCCAGAGGAUGGAGGUUCCCAUCGAGUCUCCGGACGACCUGGCCGACCAAACCAACAUCCAGUACGGGACCAUACACGGAGGAUCCACCAUGACCUUCUUCAUGAACUCGCGGUACCAGACGUACCAGCGGAUGUGGAACUAUAUGUACUCCAAGCAGCCCAGCGUGUUUGUGAAGAGUACCGAGGAAGGCAUUGCGCGAGUCCUCAACUCCAAGUACGCCUUCCUGAUGGAGAGCACCAUGAACGAGUACUACCGCAGCCUCAACUGCAACCUCACGCAGAUCGGAGGACUGCUAGACACCAAAGGAUACGGCAUCGGCAUGCCUCUGGGCUCUCCAUACAGAGACGAGAUCACUCUGGGGAUCUUACAGCUGCAGGAGAGCAACAGGCUGGAGAUCCUGAAGAGACGCUGGUGGGAGGGAGGACAGUGUCCCAAAGAGGAGGACCACCGAGCCAAAGGUCUCGGGAUGGAGAACAUCGGCGGGAUUUUCGUGGUCCUGAUCUGCGGCCUCAUCAUCGCCGUCUUCGUGGCCAUCAUGGAGUUCGUGUGGUCGACGCGUCGCAGCGCCGAGACGGACGAGGUAAACCAUCAUCAUCAUCCUCCUACUCCUCUUCCUCUCUCGUCCUCCUCCUCCUGCCCCGCCCCCGGCCUCAACCUCAGCUCAAACACCUCAGUUCCAGCCCGGAUAAAGAGACUCAUCCAUACAGUAAACCGUCAGUCCGUCGGCCUCCAGUCCAGGAAACGUCUCUGA